AUGGCCACUCAUAUGAGUAGUGUCGGCGUUAGAGCUGUCGCACUGCGAACCGUUCCCGUCAUACUUCGCCACGGCGACAAGAAUGUCACGGUCAACGCGCUGCUGGACGACGGCAGCACGCAGUCUUACCUUAAUUGCGACGUUGCGGCACAGCUAGAGCUUAGCGCUCCCACACAAGAAGUGUCAGUGAGCACGCUGAACGGCCGCAUCGAGACCCUAGAGACCAUGCCAGUCGACUGCCACAUCGAGAGUCUGGAUGGCAGAUUUAUCACACAGUUCUCUGCUCUGACUGCCAAGAAUGUCACCGGUAAACUUACACCUCAUGAUUGGUCGGUAGAUCAGACACGGUAUCCGCACCUCAACGGCAUUGAGUUUCCGCAAUGCCAGAAGAAGCGAGUAGAGGCGCUGAUCGGCCUUGACCACGCUAGUCUCCACAGGUGCAUGGAGGAAGUCUAUGGUGAGGCUCAUGAGCCAUUCGCACGCAGAACGCCACUCGGGUGGACAUGUGUUGGCAGGAGCACCAGACCGCAACAGACGACAAAUUUCACCCGCACGUACUUCGGAAAGGACGUCGACCUGAAUGCACUGGUGAGAAGGAUGUGGGAGAUGGAGGAACUUCCCCAGUCGUACGAAUUCUGUGCAGAUGAUCAAGCCGUUUUUGAUCAGACGGUCCAGUCGAUGACCUACAAGAACGGAAGAUGCCAGGUUAUGGAGCCGUGGAUCAAGAGACCACCUCCGGACAACUACAGUCGAGAAACUGCAAUGAAGCGGCUCAUCGCAGCAGAGAGACGCCUGGCGAAGGAGCCAGACGUCGCUGAGGAAUACCGAACCGUGAUUCGCCGUCACUUAGAACAAGGGUAUAUCAGCAAGAUCAGCAACGCAAGUGAUGGCGACGGCUGGUAUCUGCCGCACUUUGCUGUUGUACGACCUGGGGCUACAUCCACAAAGGUGCGUGUGGUCUUUGAUGCAGCAGCAAAGACGAAAGGCAAGUGUCUGAAUGACUACAUCAGCACUGGGCCCAAACUACAACGGGACCUCACCGACGUUCUCCUGCGGUUUCGGCGACACCCAAACGCACUGGUAGCCGACGUGGCAGAGAUGUAUCUACAAAUCGAGUUGGAAGAGGAUGACCGGCAGUUCCAUCGAUUUCUUUGGCGAGAAGAUACGGAGGACCAACCGGCCGUUUACCAGUACAAUAGAGUAGUGUUCGGGAUCAAUGCAUCUCCAUUCUUAGCUCAACUGGUCUCGCAAGAGCAUGCGCGGCGGAACCAGGAGGAGUUUCCUAUGGCAGCAGAAACCGUGUUGAAGUCCACGUACAUGGACGAUUCAAUGGACUCGACAAAGUCAACAGAGCUAGCGAUUCAGCUGUACCACGAGCUUACGGCGCUGUGGGGUCUCGCUGGAAUGCAUGUGCGAAAAUGGAUUUCCAACAAUGUUGAGGUGCUCGCCGAAGUCCCCGAGGAGGACCGAGCCAAGGAAGUGGAACUCGCUAAUGGAAUCCUGCCGACGACCAAGACUCUCGGAGUUAAGUGGCGAGCAGAGGAAGACGAGUUCCUGAUUCAUGUCAAGCCGCCAUCAGACAUUGUCACCAAGAGAGCGUUCUUGAAGAACCUAGCCACAUUGUUUGAUCCGAUCGGAUUCGUACUGCCAUUCACCAUAGUUGGUCGGAUGUUGUUCCAGAAGAUGUGGCUAGCAGGUGCUGACUGGGACGACUCUCUGCCUCCAGAGCUAGGCGCAGAGGCGCAAAAGUGGUGUGCCGACAUGGAUGCACUCCAGGAUGUCCGAGUUCACCGGUGUCUUCAACGCGAUGAAGAGGUGGUGGAGACUCAGCUACAUGUAUUCUGCGAUGCCUCGCAAGAUGCAUAUGGAGCAGUCGCUUAUCUCUGUCAUGUGUACCAGGAUGGUACGAGGUCCAGUCGAUUCGUCAUGGCUCGAGCCAAAGUGGCGCCGUUAUCAGCUGUUAGCAUCCCCCGACUCGAGCUAAUGGGAGCAGUCAUCGGAUGUCGUCUUGGUGUGUCCGUAGCCAAGACACUCGCCAUCGCAAUGGAGAAUGUCGUGUUCUGGAGUGACAGCAUGGAUGUCCUGUGGUGGAUAAGGAACAGCAGCCGGGUCUUCAAGCCAUUCGUGGCCAACCGCGUCGGUGAGAUCCAGGCUUCUUCCUCGCCUAGUCAGUGGUUCUACGUUCCGACGGCGGUGAAUCCAGCUGACAUCCUGUCACGAGGAACAUCAAGCGCUACUAUCGCGAUGAAUGUGCUGUGGUGGAACGGUCCGUCAUAUCUCGUUCAGAGCAUCGAAGAACGGCCACAGCAGCCCGAGGGAUUCAAAGUUCCAGCUGCACCAGAGGUCCGCACGAAAGCCAAACCACCCGAAGAAGGUCAGCAACACCACCAAGUGACAUGUGUGUCUUUCCUCUCGACGAGCGAGUGGGUUCUGGCGCCUGAACGAUUCUCUUCGCUUCAGCGGCUGGUCCGCUUGACGGCGUGGGUGCUGCGCUUUUCCUCAAACUGCCGAAUCCCAGCCACGCAGAGACAGUAUGGUCAGCUGACGGUCGAGGAAGUCGAAGACAGCCUCCAGGCCGUUAUUCGGUCAAGCCAGAAGGACGCCUUUGCUGAAUAUUCGUCACUGCAGAAGGGCAAACCAUUACCGGCAACCAGUCCACUGAGCAGCCUGACCCCGUUCUUGGAUGAAGUUGGUGUGAUGAGAAUGACAGGACGGCUCCAAGAGGCACAGUAUCUCAGUCAAGACGCCAAGCAUCCGAUCAUCUUGCCGCGGUCUUGCUGGAUAACACAGCUAGUGAUCAGAGACCAGCAUGAGGCAGACCAUCACGUCGCAGGUACAGCUCACACUAUGGCAGUCCUCAUGAGGAAAUAUUGGAUCGUGGCGAUUCGAGAAGCCAUCCGGGAGUACGAACGUUCCUGUGUGAAGUGUCAAUUUCGGAAAGCACAACCAGCCACGCAGAUCAUGGCACCAUUGCCCAAGAUCCGGUUGAAGGAGCCUCUCCACGCUUUCAGUCGCGUGGCCGUCGACUUUGCUGGACCAUUCGCAACGGUACAGGGUCGAGGGCAACGACGAGCUAAGCGGUAUUUGUGCGUCUUCACCUGCUGUCUUUGUCGUGCUGUGCAUCUGGAAAUGGCCACAGGUUUGGAUACCGACAGCUUUCUCAACGCCUUUCAACGAAUGUGCAACCGCCGAGGUGUUCCUGCUGAAGUGCUCUCGGACAAUGGUACGAACUUCGUCGGGGCUAAUCGUGAGCUAUCGGAGAUUUUCACCGAGCAGGAGCAACACGUCCUGGAGCACAGCGCUACCAUGAAGAGGAUCAAGUGGCAUUUCAUCCCUGCCCAGACACCACACUUUGGAGGCGUUCACGAAAGUAUGGUAAAAGCAGCAAAGAAGGCUAUUUACCAUGUUCUACAGCAGGCAUCAAUCACCGAUGAGGAGCUGCGAACAGCAUUCUGCAGCGCAGAGGCGCUACUCAACUCUCGUCCAAUUGUUCCUCCCUCUAGUGACAGCCGCGAUGACUUGCCACUCACACCGAAUCACUUCCUGGUUGGACGCAUUGAGCACUAUCAUCUUGCCCUCGAGUCACCGUGUCUUCGGCGCCGCUGGCAACACGUCCAAAUGCUUGUAUCCCAUGUCUGGCGAAGGUGGAUGCAGGAGUGGAUACCAGCCCUGAAUCGUCGCUCCAAGUGGUGGAAAGAGUACCCGGAUCUCAGUGUCGGUGACAUCGUCCUCGUUGUGUCAGCUGAUACCCCCCGUGGCAGGUGGCCUCUUGGACGGGUGUUGGAGGUCUACCCUGGUUCUGACGGCAGAGUGCGUGUCGCUAAGCUCCAGGUCGGAGGCAAGCAGGUAACCAGGUCAGUUGUACGGCUAUGUCCGGUUGUGAAAGGCUGA